AUGGAUGAAAACAUAGAAAACAGCGGCGAGGAGAGCGAUAAUGACUCAAUUCUCGACUUGGAUCUUAAUCCAGACGGUGUAAUUCGUCCAUUCAUGUUUAAGCCGCAACAUAGCUCAUCUUCAGGAGAAGAAGAAAUCUCUGUUGACAAAGAAACUCAGGAAGAGAUACAAGAAGAAACAUCUACGCGCUCACGUCUUGGAAUUCGCGAGUGGUGCUCUUGCGGCAACUGUCAAGAGAUGCCAACAGAAAACGAGUGUAUAUGCUGUCAAGAAAUGGAUGUACUAAGUGAUCGACUCGAUCUGGAAGGUAACAAGCUUCAGUGUAUUACGGAGCACGAUUCAUUUGGACCCGUGUGUUUACUAGCGGACGUCUUGAGAACAGCCCUAGUUGGCAUGCACCAAGUGAGAAAUGACAGACUUGAAAAUUAUCCGUCAAAUGAGUAA